AUGGUGAAGGAUCGAAUCAUGAAAGCAGCGUUUCCGAAAUACAUUGCUGAGGAAAUAACACGAGCGUUUGAUGCAAACACAACCGGUCCAUUUCGUAAGAUGUUCAUCACGAAAAGUGACAAUGUAACCAUUGUUUUUGCGGAUAUAGAUGGAUUCACAUCGAUUUCGUCCAUCUACAGUGCUGAACGGCUUGUUAAUAUGCUAAACGAGAUUUUCAUCUCCUUUGACAAAAUAGCAGACAAAUAUCACCAGCUGAGGCUGAAGAUUCUGGGGGAUUGUUACUACUGUAUAUGUGGGGUACCGGAGCCCCGAACAGACCACGCCCAUCUAUCUGUGUGUAUGGGGUUUGGCAUCAUUAACGCUAUAAAGACAAUUUCGACAAAAGUCAGCAUGCGCGUAGGAAUACACACUGGAAGUGUAUUAAGUGGUGUCAUCGGCCUUAGCCAAUGGCAGUUCGAUGUUCUUGGGCAAGAUGUUAAGAUAGCCAACCUAAUGGAGAGCUCUGGAAUAGCAGGGAAAGUCCAUAUAACACAUGUUACACGUGCGUUAAUAAGCAACGACUACGUCAUCACACCUAGCAAGGCCGGACAAAAGGUGGAAUUCCUUAAACGUGCGGGUAUACGUACGUUCUUCAUUGCGCAGGCUACCAAUCAACAGCAAGCAGAGGCAGCAGAAGAUGAAGACAUAUCACAACCCGAUACCGAAGAGCGUCUGCAUGCAAUACCCGAUAUGUAUGAUACCCCUUCGUAA